AUGGCUCGUGGCGUAUAUGAAGUGUCCGACAUGAUUAACGAUGUUGAAAACAAUGAUUAUGUUGAUGGAGAACAAUCCUUUCAAAUCAAUGAAAGGGUAACUCAAACAACCUUCUCAUUGGGAAAAGAGCUCGAUGAUGUUCGUCUUGCCAUAGGGGAGGUGAACAUAAUCUGUAAUAUUAAUGAAGAUGAAGGUGGUGACGAAUUGGACGAUGAUAGCGAGGAUAUGUCGGGAAAUGAAGAUAGCGAGGAUGAACCAAAAUUUGAAGAUAUAGAUGAUGAUUCAAAUGAUGAAGAUGAAUCGAUGUUAUCUGAUCAUUCUUCUAAUGAGUAA